UCUUCUUUGUUCCUCACACAGGUGUUUAAUGAUCCCAUUCAUGGCCACAUCGAGUUGCACCCACUUCUUGUCAAGAUCAUAGACACCCCUCAGUUUCAGAGACUACGAAACAUCAAGCAACUUGGGGGGGUAUAUUUUGUUUAUCCAGGAGCAUCGCACAACCGCUUUGAACACUCUAUUGGGGUGGCAUACUUAGCAGGAGAGCUUGCUAAAGCCCUCAAGGUGAAGCAGCCAGAACUUGACAUCAAUGAACGAGAUGUCCUCUGUGUGCAAAUUGCAGGUCUUUGCCAUGACCUGGGACACGGGCCCUUUUCUCAUUUUUUUGAUGGAAUGUUCAUGCCCGAAGCAGGUGAUAAAAAGUGGAAGCAUGAGGAAGCCUCCAUAAAGAUGUUUGAUUACUUACUGGAGGAAAAUGGCCUGAAGCCAGUGAUGGAGCAGUAUGGGCUGGAAAUAAAAGACAAAAAGGAAAACGACCUGGUGUUCAUUAAAGGAAUGAUUGAUGACACUCAGAAAAAAACAGCUCAGCACAAGUAUCCAGGUCGAGAGAAGGAAAAAUCCUUUCUCUAUGAAAUUGUGUCAAACAAGGAAACCGGCAUUGAUGUUGACAAGUUUGACUACUUUGCCAGGGACUGCCACCACCUGGGCAUCCAGAACAACUUUGACCAUCAGCGCUUCAUCAUGUUUGCCAGGGUGUGUGAUGUGAACGGGAGUAAGCACAUUUGCUCUAGAGACAAGGAAAUAGAAAAUAUGUAUGACAUAUUCCACACAAGGCACUCUAUCCACAGAAGAGCCUGCCAGCACAAGAUAAAAAUGGCUGUAGAAAUUAUGAUCAAAGAUGCCCUCCUACUAGCAGAUAAGGAUCCAUACAUCCAAAUUGAAAUUUCAAAUGGAAAUGGAACUUCAAAGAAGGUUCCUCUCUCCAAAGCCAAAGAUAAAAUGGAGGCAUACAUGAAGCUGACAGAUCAGGUCAUUGAAAGAAUACUCAACUCUUCUUCAGAUUCUCUGAAGGAGGCAAGGGAGAUUCUACACAGGGUCAUGACUCGGGAUCUGUACCGCUGUGUGGGUCAAGCCACGAAAAAAGAGGAACCGAAAAUGUCAGGGGAGAUGAGGGAAAGUUUAAACAAAAUGGUUAAAGGCAUUCUUGAGGGCGGGGAAGGCGAGUUUGAAGUUAUUGUUGUUCCUUUGGACUCUGAGAAGGAAGACAUCAGUAAAGCGUUUUUCUAUCGCAAGGAUAACCCUAACAAAGCAAUCCCAAUCGCCGAACCAGAACUCCAUAAGACAACAUUGGCUGUGUAA